AGUAAAAUUAUACGUAUGCUUUUGGAAUCUACUCACAUCCCACCAAUUGUUCCUCUAUAUAAGGACCAACCGACCUCUACUCUAGCGCACACUCCACCAGAGCAGGCUACACUACUUCUCUCCUCCCUCUAUCCCGGAGCCGUUAAUUCACUCACGUCGCCGAUCGAGCUGGCUAGCGACAAGCGCGACGUCGUCGCCGUCGGCGGCGAUGCCGGCUUCUGCGCUGAUGACGGCGAGCCGUCGCCGGCAGUGAGCAGCAAGGCGGUGGUGGAGGAGCUGUACCGCGCGCUGGAGCGCGGCGACGUGGACGCCGUGCGCCGCCUGCUGAACCCGGACGUGGACUGGUGGUUCCACGGCCCGCGCGCGCACCAGCACCUGGUGCUCAUGCGCCUGCUCACCGGCGCUGGCGCCGGCGCCGGCCUCCCGUUCAAGAUCCGGUCCCUGGACGCCUUCGGGCCGACCGUGCUGGCCGAGGGCACCGACGUGACGGGCGCGCUCUACUGGGUGCACGCCUGGACCGUGGGACCCCGCGGCCGCGUAACCGAGGUGCGCGAGUACUGCAACACCGCGCUCGUCGUGACGAGGCUCGGCGGCGGCGGCGGUGGCGGUGGCGGUGGCGCCGACGCCGACGCCGCGGCGGCGGCGGCGGAGGAGGCCAAGGCGACGUUAUCGCGGUCCCCGUCAAAGCAGGUGUGGCAGAGCCGGCUGCUACCCGACCGGGCUCGCAGGAACCUCCCUGGCCUCGUGCUUGCCAUCUGAUCGGAUCGGAUGCGAAUCAUUACGAUAUAUGAUUCUCAACUGCUGGCGAUGUGGCUUAUUAUGCUCUAUAGAGUUGGGAUAUUGCAUGGUUGCAAUGUGAUUACAAGGACAUGAAUGAAUCAAAUGCGUCACAUAAAAAAAAUCGAAAUUAGUCGAAGCAAAUCAAAUGAUACCUGUGUGAUGUGACAUGUGAGUUCCUCAUGGAGAUGAUUCAGCCGGCUAACGUCCGUCCACAAGAAGCCUAUAAACUAUCGAUGAAACAUGUGAACUAUAUUUGAACA